CAAUCAAAUCCAAAAUCGAUUCAUUGAUGGCUUCUUUUUCCCAAGAAUAUAAAGGCCUGAUUUCAAAGCUUUAAUUCUUGAUGAAUUUUGUCUAUCUGGGGUAAUUUAUAUUUUUAGUUAUUAAAAGAAAACGCCCACUCCGAUCCCAAAAUAAAUAUUCAUCCUUCAUUAUUGGACGGUUGAUUUAAUUCUUAGUCUCACAAAUCACAAUUUGUUUCUCUCAUUGAUCUUUAUCAAUCAAUCUAAUUGGUCAAUUAAUUUAACCAAUUUAAAAGCCACCACAAGGUUUCAAUUAUUACAUCAAAUGGUUGUUUCGAAUUGCGGCUGGAAAUUUUCAAUUAAUUCAUCAAAUUGGUUAAUUCAUCCUAGUGAUAGUUAACUGUUUUUGCUGAACUGUGUUUGGUUCUCAUCGUCCGCUCGAUUUGCAAUUAAUUUUUCACCAUCAAAUCGUAUCGCGGCUUGUUUUCUUGGUAGUGCAUGGGAUUAUGGGCAAUUGUGAUAUCUCUGAAUUCUGAUUGUUUUUGUUUGAUCAUUGUUCACAUAUGCAGAUGUACUGGUUUGUUAAAUUCAAAAUGUUAAUUUGAGCUCCAAUUAUUUUGUAAUAAAUGUAGCUAUAUAUAUUUUACUCGAUUUUAUCAACAUUAUUUUUUUUAGGGUUUCAAAUUCAGUGAAUUUUAAUGGCAUUGUUUCGUAAAUUACUCCCCAAGAAGCCGCCUGAUGGACUUGUUUGGGUCUUUGAAAGAAUUUACGUCUUUGGGUGCUGUUUCACUGAAAUUUCGGAUAUAGAAGAUUAUAACACAUUUGUGGGCAACAUUAUAAGUCGGUUUAAGCUCACUCACCCCAAGUCUUCAAUCAUGAUUAUUAAUUUUGGGGAGGAAGAAAAAGAAAGCAGGAUUGCUUCGGCUUUGUCAGAAUAUGGUAUUACAAUAAUUGACUAUCCUCGGCACUACGAAGGUUGUCCAUUGCUCUCAGUGGAAGUGAUCCACCAUUUUUUAAAUUCGAGUGAGAGCUGGCUCUCUGUUUCACCACAAAAUUUCCUUAUUAUGCACUCGGAGCUUGGUGGUUGGCCUGUUUUGGCUUUCAUGGUUGCAGCUCUCUCGGUCUAUAGAAAAAAGUUCACUAUGGAAACCAAGGCCUUGGAGAUGGUUCAUAAGCAGGCUCCUCUGGCUUUGUUACAUGAAGCGUCACCAAUGAAUCCUGUACCUUCCCAAUUGAGGUACUUGCAGUAUAUCUUAAGGAGGAAUGCUGAUACUGAAUGGCCUCCAGCAGAAAAGGCGCUCACUUUAGAUUGUGUAACAAUGAGAAUGAUUCCUGAUUUUGAUGGAAAAGGGGGCUGUUGUCCUAUAUUCCGGAUCUACGGACGCAAUCCUUUGCUACAUAUUGAUAAAAGCCCCAAACUCCUAUUCUCCACUCCAAGAAGAAGUAAGAAUAUCCGAUACUACAAUCAGGAAGAUAGUGAUCUUGUUGAAAUUGAUAUCAAUUGCCAUAUGCAAGAUGACAUUGUGCUGGAGUGUAUUAGCUUACAUGAUGACAUGGUGUGUGAAAAGAUUAUGUAUCGUGCCAUGUUCAACACGGUAUUCAUCAAAUCAAAUAUGUUGAUCCUUAAUUGUGAUGAAAUCGACAUGUAUUGGGAUGCUAAGGAUAAUUUUCCUAGAAACUUCAGAGUUGAGCUUUAUUUCUCUGAAAUGGACGGAAAAGCUUCCAUGACCAUUCCAGUAGAUUUGUCAUGUUUUGACCAAGAGGGGCUUCCAGUGGAGGCUUUUGCCAAUGUUCAAGAGAUGUUCAACAUUCAUGAUAAUGAUGAUGGUUCAAAUAGGCUACACCAGAGGGCUUUGCGUAAAAUUAUCAAUAAAAUGAAGGAAAGUAGUUUACAUCAUAGGAUUAGACCCAGGAAUUUACUCCAAACACUUCCUAAACGGAAUAAUCAGGAUAAAGAAAGUGAGGGGUUGACUCAGGAGCGGGCAACAACCAGUAUUGAUGAGAAAAUCUUGUGUAAUAUUGAGUAUCAUGGGGAAGGGGUUAGAUUGAUACCAGUCCGGCUGACACCUGAUAUCGAGACAUCCGAGGAGCAGCCGCUAGAUUCUGAGAUCCGGUCGAGGGAAAUUUCUGAUGAGGAUCUGACGGAUCAUGCACCUAGAGGUUCCUCCAUCCCAGAAGCAGGCCCAUCAACAUCUUCAGCUGCCACUUCUUCAAACACAUUGAUAAUGGCUGAGCUCCAUUGGAUACGAGAGUUCAUGAUCGAAGAGAGGCAACAUAGGAAUUGGCUUCAACAGGCAGUACUUGGCCUAGCUGAACAUAUGCAUUAUCAGGGCCUGCCACAAUUACCACAGCCCUUCCCUGCACCCGAAAAUACUCCAGCAGAUCCAAAGGAUGUUGUGCUUCAGACUGAUACAACUGAAUCAGAUACAGAGGUUGCUCCCGCUAAGAUAGAUCUGACCCCACCAGCUACUAGUGUUGAGCCCUCUGAUGAAACUGCUUCUCCAAAGCCUAGGCAUCCAUGAUCUUAUAUUUCUUUGGCAAUUCAUUUCUUUCAUAUCUCUUUCAGCUGCAUGUAUGUAUAUAUGUAAGUAUGUAUGUAGUAAGUUCAAAAUGUUAUUGUUAGCUAUCAUAACAUAGGCCAUAGUCUCCAUGUAUCUUUCCCCUUGUGGAAAAGUGUGUAGCUGUUUCUAUAUAAAAGUCGCUUUGUUUAAUGUA